GAACUAGAUAAUAUUGAAGUACAACCGAGAGAGAAGCAUGGCGGACAACGUGGCGGAGGGGGUUCAGAAGAUGGAUAUAUCUGGAAAGAAGCAGAAAUCAAAGAAGAAGGGCUCAGCUGGAGGGGAUGGAGCCCGCCCUCCUCGGCUUGACCCUCCACCAGAGUUUAUUGCACACAGAGAGGAAUUGUGGGCAAAACUAAAGAAAGAGCAUGAUGAUUGGGUGGCAGCUCAAACUCCCCAGCCAAUCAAAAUCACGCUACCUGAUGGCAAGGUUGUUGAGGGAGAGUCCUGGAGAACUUCACCAUAUGAUGUUGCCAAGGGAAUCAGCCAGGGUCUUGCAGACAACACUGUGAUAGCUAAAGUCAAUGGAGAAUUGUGGGACCUCGAUCGGCCGCUGGAGCAGGAUGCAUCUCUGCAGUUACUCAAGUUUGAUAACCCAGAUGGUCAGUACGUGUUCUGGCACUCCAGUGCCCACAUCCUGGGCGAGGCCAUGGAGUGCCACUACGGCGGCCAUCUAUGUUACGGUCCACCUGUAGAGAAUGGAUUCUACUAUGACAUGUACCUGGAGGACAGACAAGUAUCAAGCAAUGACUCCUGUCUUGAAGGCGUUGUCAAGCAGGUUGUCAAGGAAAAGCAACCCUUUGAGAGGCUAGAAAUGAAAAAAGAAGAUCUACUGAAGAUGUUCGAUUAUAACAAAUUUAAGCAGAGGAUUCUUAAUGAAAGAGUGACCACUCCCACCACCACUGUAUAUAAAUGCGGACCUUUAAUUGAUUUAUGUCGGGGACCACAUGUUAGACAUACUGGCAAGAUCAAGGCCAUGAAGGUCACCAAGAAUUCCUCCACCUACUGGGAAGGGAAGGCAGACGCUGAGUCUCUACAGAGGAUCUACGGCAUCUCGUUCCCCGACAACAAACAACUGAAGGAGUGGGAACACUUCCAGGCAGAGGCUGCCAAGAGGGACCACCGCAAGAUUGGAAAGGAACAAGAGUUAUUUUUCUUCCAUGAAUUGAGCCCGGGAAGCUGUUUCUUCUUACCUAAAGGAGCUUUCAUAUAUAACACACUUGUAGAGUUUAUCAAGUCUGAGUACUUAAAGAGAGGUUUCCAGGAAGUGGUGUCGCCCAAUAUAUACAACAGCAAGUUGUGGGAGCAGUCGGGUCACUGGCAGCAUUAUGCUGAAAAUAUGUUCCAAUUUGAAGUUGAAAAAGAGACCUUUGCAUUGAAGCCUAUGAACUGCCCUGGUCAUUGUUUGAUGUUCGACCAUCGGAACCGGUCAUGGCGAGAGCUCCCCCUCAGAAUGGCAGACUUUGGUGUCCUCCAUCGUAAUGAGUUGUCUGGGGCACUGUCGGGGCUGACCAGAGUGAGGCGGUUCCAGCAGGAUGAUGCCCAUAUCUUCUGCAGAUUUGACCAGAUCAAGGAGGAGAUCGAGGGAUGUCUCGACUUCCUAAAGCAUGUGUAUGGAAUAUUCGGGUUCAGCUUCCAGCUGAAGCUGUCCACUAGGCCGGAGAAGUUCCUUGGCGACAUCGAAGUGUGGAACGAUGCUGAGAAGCAACUGUCUGAGAGUUUGGACAAGUUCACUGACAAAUGGGAACUGAACCCGGGUGAUGGAGCCUUCUAUGGGCCCAAGAUCGACAUCACCAUCCUGGACGCCCUGCGUAGAGCCCACCAAUGUGCCACCAUCCAGCUGGACUUCCAGCUACCCAACAGGUUCAACCUAGGAUACGUCAAUGAGCACGGAGAGAAAGACAAGCCUGUCAUCAUCCACCGUGCUAUCCUCGGGUCUGUGGAGAGGAUGAUUGCCAUCUUGUGUGAAAACUACGGGGGCAAAUGGCCCUUCUGGCUUUCACCCCGCCAGUCCUGUGUCAUUCCUGUUGCGCCUGCCUUCGACGACUACGCAAACGAGGUGAAGAGACAGAUUCACUCAGCUGGGUUUGUGUGUGAGACCGAUCUGGACACCGGUGCUACUCUCAACAAGAAAGUGAGGAAUGCUCAGCUGAACCAAUAUAACUUCAUCUUUGUUGUUGGCGAAAAGGAGAAAGAAAACAAGACUGUAAACGUGCGUAGCCGAGACAACAAGGUUCAUGGUGAACACAGCAUUGACCAUGUCAUCUCACGGUUCUCCCACUUCAAGACCAGCCGAGUUGCUGAUACUGAGGAGGGUUUCUAGACUCUUACUGGAGGAGCUGCUCUGUUCCGGACGCAGAUCUGUGACAACACAUCCAGUCAACAUGAACACUGAUAUUUUCUUUCACUUGGGUUAAAUUAUUUGCAGAUUUACAGUGUUAUUUAAAGGAUAUCAUGUCACAUUUCAGUUAAACAUCCUUCAUGAAUGAUGAAUGGGACUGCAUUGGGUGUGUGAUGGGGACGUCAGUCUUUACUACUAGUGUAGACCAUGGCUAGUCAUUCCUUUCAUAGACAUAGUUCUCGCAAGGUUUUAAAGCACUCUGUUCUUAUAUAGUUUGUAGAAAACCUAAUUCCGAGCUGUAGAGAUAGAUGUGAUUAUUUCCUUGUUAAUCUUAUUUAUUUUCAUGACUUGUUCAUUGUUUGUAUCUGAAUCAACAACAUUUGUCUGGACUGCAAGACAUUCAGGAUAGACCAGUUCAUCAUGUUAAUAUCUAAAGAUUUAGUUGAAGUUAUGAAGGUUGAGAACAGCAAUAAUUGUAAGAAACAACUGAUAAAUGUUCAGAAAGAGUGAACCUGCACAGAUAUAUAAGCUUGGUAAACACGGUUAUGACUGAAGUUAUCAACUUCCUGAUAAUUGUUCUGUAACCUUUGUUCCAUAGUCAUGCCUUAUGUUCAGCCAAUCAUCUUCACAAAUUCUUGAGGGGUGUUGAGAUGGCCCAGUGGUUAAAGCCAUAUCACCCAGGUUUGAUUCUUUCCCUGAUUAAAAUGUGAAGCCAAUAAUUGGUUUCCCCACCAUGACAUGGUUUAAAGUGUCAUAAAGGUGACAUGAAACAUUCUCUCCAAUUCAUGACCAAGACACUCGCUACACACUUUCUGAACCUCUCUUUCUUGUGUGUCAUUGGUCACAUACAUCCACACAUUUGCUGGUCCAAAUUGAGUGGAACAAUAUAUGGAAAUUCAGCCAGCAUAUAGCAUCAAUAACCACACCUUCACUCUUUCAUUUGAUUACAUGACAGAUUGAUAUGAAUGCUUGUGGUGUACUUAAGAGAAUUGAACAGUUGUGUGGAAGCUUCUCAACAUGGACACAAAGGGCUAGAUAUGAAUCAGUGUGUGUCCUGUUAUGUUCAGCUGCUACAGGAUAUGUUUUGGAUUUGAGACUCUAGUGGUCCUGAUCAGAUGUUCUGAAUUGUGUAUCUCAAAGGAGGAACACUUGGAUUAGCUUCCAAUCUACUCUAGAUGCUACUAUGACAAAAUGUGAGACAUACUAGAUCCACACCCUUGUCAUUUUGAGCAGAUCAUAUGAUUCAGAUCUGUUUAUAUACUACAGACAGAAUUCUGAUCAAACAAUCAAAUGAUUUCUUUGUUAAUUGCAAUGGUUGGGAGGUGGUAUAGUGUAGUGGUUAAAGUAUUAGCUUGUCACAUGGAAGACAGGCUUCUAUUUCCCACAUGGGUACAAUGCUUCCAAGCCCUUUUAUGGUGUUCACAACAGUGAAAUUUCUAAAAUAUUGUACCAUCAUACUCACCAACACAACGUGUUGCAAUAUGUUAGAAUCCUAUCCAAAAUCUGUUGUUUUUGUACAUUGUAGCUGGGUGAUAGGGAACACGAGGGACAAGUGAAAAUAUGAACUAACAACGGUAGGUGUGAGACUAACACUGCUCAAGCCAGUAUACACUGUGAGCAUCGGUCGGUCCACACCACAGUAGAUAGAACUGUACAUCUAACGAGGGUCGAGGCCUGUGCUAUUUCUUGCAAUAUUGUAGUGUAUCGUGGCUGCUUAUGGUUACCAUCUUGCAACCGGUAUGCUCAAAUAAAGACUGUCAACAUAC